ACAUAAACAGUCUCAUGUGAUGCAAUCAGAACAGUAGUUAAGCCAUGGGGCACUGAUGAAACUAAUUCAAUUGCACGUCAAGGGUGGCCACUGGCCUUGUAGAUACAGCACAUUCCUCUGCAAACAGAAAAGCCAACAAAAACAUGGGCAGUGAGUCUCUGAGUUCCUUUAUAUGCAUUUUAUUAGAAAAACAAUGGGGUUACUUAUGCAAAUGAGUAGGAAGUUGUCUAAACAGGCACACCAUGCACACCAGCUCAAGGUAUAAAAAGCCCCUCGCAGAAAGAGACCUUCAUUCACACUUGGGUAUUUUGCUCUUUGCAAUCUAUCCAAAUCCUUUUCAAAUCUUGCCAUCAUGACUUGUUUCUUCAGCUGUGGAAGCUACUUCCCAGGCUAUCUUUCCUGUGGAACCAACUUCCACAGGACAUUCAGAGUCACCCCCUGGAACUUCAUCAUGCCCCUGGGCUCUCCUCUGAACUAUGGUUAUGGAUACAAUGGCUGUGGGUCCCUGGGCUACAGCUUUGGUGGUAGCAACAUCAGCGACCUGGGCUGUGGCCAUGGCAGCAGCUUCUUCAGGCCAUGGGGCUCUGGCUCUGGCCUUGGCUACAUACAGUGCCUACUGAUGGGCCAAUGGCUUCAAGUGACUGCAGUUCUCUCAGUUGGUUCCUGA